UCAAAAAUGGCAGCGAUUUCAGCUUUGGCAGCGUACGGGAGCGACCAAAGUGAAGAUGAGAGCGACACCGAGUCGAAAGAAGAGGCCAAACCGGAUUCCACGAUUCACUUGAAACCACUAGAUAAAGGAAUGAAGGUAACAUCACUCCAGAGUCGAUUGCAGCUAAACUCUGCUCCUGUAGUCCAAUCUAAGAGAGCUGUUGACACGAUUCAUCACAUUGAUCCAACAUCCAAGGAAGUGAUGUACAAUCCUCAGUUUGAACAGAUGUUUGGCCCAUCAAUUGGACCUGCAAAUCCUUACAAAACCAAACAGGAAGCGGCGCCAAAGAACACGCUGGCUGGCUACGUGGAAGAUGCUCAUGUCAAUGCAUUUACAUUUGAAACGCAGCGAAGAACAUUUACAAGUUACGGCUAUGCGUUAGAUCCAACUGUUGACUCGGCAAAUCUUGAAGGAGGAAAAUAUGUGGGAGAAGUUUCUGAAGCUAAGAAAACUGAAGGUAAAACAGUAUUUGAAACAAGUAAACCCAGGGUGGGUGACAAACGAAAGAAAGUGAAACUGAACGACCCAUCAAACAUAGAUGAGUUUCAAGGCCCGUGGGGGAAAUUUGUGGAUGAAAAAACUACUGCCAAACCAAGUGAGGAGGAGCAAGAAGUACUGGAUGAGAUUUUGUCCAAACGCAGCAACAGAAGACAACGGACGGAUGACAAGCCAACAGAAGAGAAAACAACGUUGCAUAUAAAAGAUGCCUACGAUUACCAAGGAAGAUCAUACCUACAUAUACCACAAGACUUAGAGGUGGAUCUACGAUCUGAAGAACCUCCUGAAAAGUGUUAUCUUCCUAAAAAACAUAUCCAUACAUGGACUGGACAUACAAAAGGUGUCGCUUCCAUCAGAUUGUUUCCAAAGUCCGGACACUUACUACUGUCGUGUGGCAUGGAUACAAAAAUAAAGCUCUGGGAGUUCUACAAUGAAAAGCGAGUUCUUCGUUCAUUUCUAGGUCAUAAAAUGGCCGUACGUGAUGCAUGUUUUAAUAAUGAUGGCACUAAAUUUCUCAGUGCAGCGUAUGAUAAAUAUAUUAAACUUUGGGACACAGAGACUGGUCAGUGCAUAUCAAGGUUUACUAAUCGUAAAGUACCCUACUGUGUCCGAUUCAAUCCUGCCGAAGACAAACAACAUUUAUUUGUAACUGGAAUGGCUGAUAAGAAAAUAGUACAGUGGGACUUGAACUCUGGUGAUAUUGUCCAGGAGUAUGACCGUCAUCUCGGUGCUGUCAAUUCUAUAACAUUUGUUGAUGACAGUAGGAGGUUUGUCUCUACCUCAGACGACAAGAGUUUACGAGUCUGGGAAUGGGAUAUUCCAGUGGAUUUUAAAUACAUUGCUGAACCUAGUAUGCAUUCCAUGCCAAGUGUAACUCUCAGUCCAAAUGGUAAAUGGUUAGGAUGCCAAUCCAUGGACAAUCAGAUUGUGAUAUUCUCAGCACAAAAUAGGUUCAAGUUGAAUCAUAAAAAGUGUUUUAAAGGUCACAUGGUAGCUGGUUAUGCUUGUCAGAUGGACUUUUCCCCAGAUAUGAGUUACGUUGUAUCUGGGGAUGCAGACGGAAAGCUGAAUCUGUGGGAUUGGAAGAGCACUAAACUUUACAGUAAAAUGAAAGCACAUGACGGUGUCUGUAUUGGAUGUAUCUGGCAUCCACAUGAAACAUCUAAAGUUAUAACGUGUGGAUGGGAUGGACUUAUUAAACUCUGGGACUGAAACAGUGAUGAUCCUGUACCAAGGAACUUGUACCGUGUGGUGGAUAAAUCUUUGUAUGUGCUUGGACGACAACUGAUAUCGGUUUUGAUGGAAAUAUAUACAUACUCACAAUGUCAUGUUAUUCUAUAUACUAUUACAAUAAUUAGAACCAAGAUAAGAAGAUUUUGCUUGAUAUUUUUCUCUUGUCUUCUUUUAUAUUACUUUUCUUAUAUGAAAACUGAAGUCUGUGUAAAUAAAGCGUUUAAAUAAUCUUUCUUUUAAAAGAACAUUUGCUGUCCACACACUGUAGUUCUGUUUUAAACAGAAUCAUGUAUUUUAUGUAGAAUUGAAAAUAAAAAGUACAAU